AUGGCAAGCGAGCUGGCGGCCGAUAGCUGGCUGGAUGUGGGUCGGACUGAGCGGCCACCGCUGCGCACUUGGCUGUCCACCACUGCGUGGCAAGCGAGAGCUUGGUGGAAAGAGACUACCGAUGUGGUGAUCCUCAAUAGCCCUUGGCUUCGCCGCACUACAGGGCGCAGCUUUCGUUGUGGGUGGAUUUUAGUGAUUGUCUUGGCUCGGGUGUAUAUAUGGUAUGCAAACUGGCACCCACCACAGGAGAUUGCAAACAAACUGUUAAUACUACCUAAUUCGGUGUGUUUCGCCGGCUCUGUAGUGUGCUUGGCAGCAAGCCUCUGGUUGUCCAUCAACAGCAGCCGCGAGAGUUUGGGGGGAAUGUUGUCCUUCGCCCUUGGCACGUGGUGGAGCUUUGUGUUACUGGAUGACUACAUUGAGAUCGGUCGAGAGCAUGUUCUUUCAUUCAGCUUGGUGGUCUUGUGUCACUGCAAUAUACACCCAGUCGUACUGGUCCUUCUCCUGCUGAGCAGUUGCGACUAUGUUCACGCUUUGCAGGCUUCAGCAUUUGUUCUAGUCACAGAAGUCAACGCCAUCGCUUUUUCCUUCUUCAUCAUCACCGCCUUCACGAUCGACUUCACCCGGCGCGUGCACGCGGUCACGUCGGGCGUUCUCUUCGGUGAGACGGCGGAGCCGCUGCAGAGUCCGGUCGCGGGGCGCUCGGCACGGAGCUGGUGCUGGCUUCCUUGCCUGGGCAACUGGCUGGCCUGGGUCUGCUGGCAGAUCCUGAAGAGGCAGCAUGAAGGAACUUCAUAUGCUCCUUCCAUUUAUCGCAAUCGUUUACCCAUUUGCACGGUGCUGGGCCCUGUAGUAGCAUUGGCAUUUCUUCUCUUAGCAAUGACGCAGAAAGCCACCAGUUGGUGGGCUGAUUUGGGUCUCGCUGCGUGCUGCACUUGGCCCCCUUGCUUGCUACUGCUUGACAUGAGCCUCGUGCACAAGACCGUUUGGACCCCUCCGAUCUUUCCGGCUGCCAUCCAGUAUGAGCAGACACUGGGAGGGAUGGCUACAUCGCAAUCGAUGAUGGCGAUACAGACCUUGAUCCAAGCUGGUUGUCGACCAGAGGAAGGUCUGCGGCUCAGCUGGGACAAUGCCUCCUCCGCACGACUCGCGGGAGACCAGGUUCAGUUGGAGUUGCCCACCUGUGCCCCGACCUGUCGCAGUCCGACCCUCACCCGGCUGGCGCGACCGUCCGAGUCCAGCGGUCCCGCGGUGGUGCUGGGCGUGCUGCGGCAUGGGGAGCGAGCGGAUGAGAGCAGCAGCUUCAAUGAGUGGGGCUGCUCGGCCGACGCGGCCAGCUAUCCGCACGACUGUCCCCUCACGUCCCGGGGGUGCUGGCAGAUUCAGCAGCUGGCACAGGAAUUCGCGCAGCUGGAGAUUAAAGUGGUGAUCAGCUCGCCCUUCCUCCGAUGCGUACAGACAGCCCUGAUCGUGGCCGAAGAAUGCCAAGCGGAGGCGGUCUUGCUGGAUGAGGAGUUGGGAGAGGUCUUUGGCCCAGCAGUCUUCGAAUCGGAAGUCCCCUGGCCGCCACGCGACUGGACGGUGCUUCUGAAGACCUUGGAGGCCAUGGGCUGCCGGUGCGAUCGCUUGAAGUUGGGACGAAUUCUGGGCCGGCGUCCUCAAUGGCCUGAGACCAUCCAGGCGGCACGCGUGAGGUAUGCCAAGCGGUUUCUGGACUACAUGAGGCGCUGUCGGCACACCAGAAGGAAUUGCAUCUUGGUCUCGCAUGGUCAUAUGCUGCCAGUGUGUGUCUCGAUUCUACCCGAGCUACAGGACCGCAAGGUGGCCAGUGUGGAGUAUGGAGCAGCUUUAGUGGCCACCUGGCAAGCUUCCAAGACUUCGACUUCGAAGACUUCCAAGACCAAGGAGGAGACCAAGACCUGGCUUCGGAGUCGCUCCUUCGAUGGCGUCACACCACGAGGACCUGGUCUCGCUCAGGCCGAAGGACCGGCGCCCGAAGGAGCGACGGAGCCUCCUUCGCCGCCGCGGCGCGGACGGAGCGCGACGCGUUGGGCCGAAGGAGCGGAGGUGCAGGAUGAGCUGGAAGAAAAGAACGAACUGCUCUUGAGCCUGAACUACACAUGGUCUGUUUGGUGGCAAGGUCUUCGCUUCAUGAAGGACGACAGCUUGAGCGGAGGGGGAGUUCAGCAACUGCAUGCAAAAAGGAAGCAUUUGGGACAGAGUUGGCAGGAUGUGUUGAGGCUCCUGGGAAGUUUGCCUUCUCUUGCGGAGUUCCCCUUCAGUGCUGCUCGCAGCGUGGCCUCGGAGCGCUCCAGCGGCAGCGAGGUGAGCUUCGCCAGCCGCGCGCACACGGCGUCGUCCCUGGCUGCCUUUCGGGAGCCCAGUCAAUUGGCUCAGCUACCAGAGGCGGAGGCCUAUGUCUAUGUGCCACUACCACCACGCAGUCGUGCCGCCAGUAGCGGAUCUGACGGCAGCCCUUUGUCCUCGGGCCUGAAGCUCAAGGCAAACAGCCUGGCGGCGCGACGGAAGUUCAGCAAGGAGAAUCAAGGAGCCACAGGAGAUCCUGGAGGGUUUGAUCUUGAAGUGGGAAAGCAGGUGGAGCACACCACGGAGCCUGGCGUUCCGACGCACGCGCACGACGCGCACGGCGGGGAGUUCCUCCAAGAGGACGAGCGACGACGACGCGACGGGAGGGUGCAAGAUUUGGUGGGCGAGGAGUACUUCCCAGAAGACGUGGACGCUUGGCGAUGUCCUUUCUUCCAAGUGAGAUCAGCGAACUCCAUUGACUCAGUCCUUUUCCCAGAGGGAACCUUCAUCCUCCAUCCCCGCCCUGUGCCAACCGCUGGCGUUCGUGGCGACGGCCUCUACCAUUUAGAGCUGCUCUUCGUGGGUACCACCUUUGGCCGUCCACGGCAUGGGCUGGCUCGAUGGUUCGAACCGGUCGCUUGGGUGGUUCGAACGGCGAACGUUGCCGGAGGCCGAUGCCUAAUGCGCUUCACCCUCUUUGAUUGGCAAGGGCUUAGAGACCGGCCGGAGCCCAAUCCCUUCGAAAGCGGGGAGGCUCGACGCAAGGAGUGCUUUCGACUGGUCGACCAUCAAAGGCCCUUGGGCUACGGACUGCGCGAAUACGACCACACCGUGCAGCGCCGCUGGGGUCGCUUCGCGCAUGUGCCGUUGGUGCUAGCCUCGCUGCCCGGCCCUUGCCGUUGCGGAGCCGAGCGCUGCAGCCACGAAGCGGUCCCGGCGCGCGCGGUCGCGCAGCUCUCGGCGAAGCUUCACCCUGCGCCGGUGCUGGAGCUGGACAGCGCUGCCUCCUUGCGCUUGGCGCUGAUGGCAUUGGCGUCGGAGGCGCAGCGUUUGGAUGCCAUCUCCAAGCUGGCGCCGGUGCGGGUGGCCAAGGGCGCAAGAAUAGAGGCAUCCUUACACCUGGGCGUGGCGGGCGAUUAA